UACCCACUUUCUCCAGCCCAGUCGGUGGCCACCUCAACUACUGCCUAUCUAUCUAUCUACAGGAUGGCGCCGGUUAUCUAAAGCGACCCUGUUUCCAUCAUUAUUAUCUCUCAGCAUCAUCCCUGUAUCUUUGUUCAUCACUGCAUCGCCAUGAAAGGCCUUCGAGGGCAGAAUAAAAAGCCUUCCUGGGGGAACACAAGACUAUCCGACCUGCUAUGGUCGGUGACACUACUUCCAGGUCUGAUCUCCGCUUAUCAGCCCGUAUACCUCGGAUCCCGACCAGCGUCGCCCUUCCUCCCUCCUCAGAUCCCGCUGGGUGACUCGCCCCCCCUCUCAGACACCCACGAAUUCACGCUUCGCCAUAUCUUCCACCGAGGAACUUAUCAAGAUCCUGAUCUCCAUCGCCGGCUAGAUAUCACGCCAGACACUCGUCUUCGGGCCGUCUCAGACGAAGGAGUCGAAACCGAUGUCGUCACACCGAAUACUCCGCUGGUUGCUUCGUCACAACCGCUCACAAUCGAAAGACUUGCAGACCGACGCCUGUCGGUCAUUGAAGAACACCUAGUGACUGCACGAUCCUCGGGCUCGGCAGUGGCGCUGUCGCCGUCCGAUUGGGUCAUGGAUACGCUGCCGGGCCCGAAUGUCACAGAGAAGAAGACGGUCGUUGCUUUGGCAAUGAUGACGGCGAAUGACUACAUCGAGGUACCUGGGACCGGGGAUUGGCAGGAUAUUCAUGGUCGGUUCAACCACUCUGGAAGUUUUGGGUGGCAAGGAGACGGGCUCCGAGGUCACGUAUAUGCCGAUAAGACCAAUAGCACGGUGGUCAUCUCCCUCAAGGGAACUUCACCGGCCUUGUUCGAUGGCGAGGGCACUACUACAAAUGAUAAAAUCAACGACAAUCUAUUCUUCAGCUGCUGCUGUGGCCAGGGAGGCUCUUACCUCUGGCGGCAAGUCUGCGAUUGCCAGACAACCCUGUACAAUGCGAACCUGACGUGCAUUGUUGAGGCGAUGCUUGAUGAGAACCGAUAUUAUCGCGCCUCAAUCGACCUUUACUCUAAUAUCACCGAGAUGUACCCAAAUGCCAACGUUUGGCUGACCGGCCAUUCUUUGGGUGGUGCGGUGUCCAGCUUGCUAGGCUUGACAUUUGGGGUACCAGUCGUUACCUUCGAAGCUGUUCCGGAAGCACUCCCAGCAGCUCGUUUGGGUCUUCCCAGUCCGCCAGGGCAUGACUCACGUUACCCUCAGUCACGUAAGAACACUGGAUCAUAUCAUUUCGGACAUACGGCAGACCCGGUCUACAUGGGAACUUGCAAUGGAGUUAGCUCAGUUUGUACCUGGGGUGGCUACGCCAUGGAAUCCGCAUGCCAUACUGGCCAGAUGUGUGUCUAUGACACUGUUGAAGACAAGGGCUGGCGUGUUGGUCUCAGCAAACAUCGCAUUAACUAUGUCAUCGCGAAUGUUCUUGCUGGCUACGACGAUGUGCCUCCCUGUGCGCCUGAAGAGGAGUGCUACGAUUGCGAACUCUGGAAGUUUUUCCGCAGUAACGGCUCUGAAAUUACUACUACCACCUCAGCCACAUCUACAUCCACGUCUACUACGACUAGCAGAACAUCUACCUGCAAGACUCCCGGAUGGUGGGGCUGCUUGGAUCCAACCACGACUGGCGAGACAACGUCGACCUCCACCUCCACCUCCACCUGCAAGACCCCUGGCUGGUUUGGCUGCAAAGAUCCAACAACCACCUCGGAUAUUACAUCUGCACCAACAAUCACCACAACUGAACCUCCCAUGACCUCGACCACGACCUGCAAGACCCCCGGCUGGUUCGGCUGCAAGGAUGAAACAACAACUCCAGUGAUGAUUGCACCUGCAGCAACCCUCACCAUAACUGAGCCUCCCGUGACCUCGACUCCUACCGGCAAGCACUUGGGCAGGUUCUGAACUCCCUCAGAGUGA